UCUGGGAUUUGGGGGCAGAAGGGGGAGGCAGGGGUGGGCUGGGAUCUAUCACCAGACCGUCUUUGCUUCCCUGACUGGCCAGCCAACCCCCCUCUCCUCCUUUCUUUUUUCUCCAACGGCCCCGAUAGUAAACCCCGGGUUUCCUAAUAAAAACCCCCCUUCAAAACGCCCUUCGAACGCCACCUAUGCUUACUUAGGUACCUCUACUUUUUACUUCUUUUCUUCUUCUCACUAACGCGAAGCUAGCCACGCAACACAAGGGAAACUUUUAUAAAAGGGAGGCAACUUCUUAAAAUCCCGCUGCUUGCUCGCCCUUUUUACACCGCCGCCUGACCUGCUGGCCUUCCCUGCUGCUCCCACCAUUACUAGGCCACAUCCCCAGCUCGCAACAUUGGAGAAGUAAAAGAAAAGAAAAAAAAGUAGAGAAGAGGAAGUAUAAAAAGAGGGAGACUUACCUACCUAGGUAGACAAGGCUCGACAACAACAGCCACAACAAUGGAUCGAGACAACGAGAAGGCAGAGCUCGAUGUCGAGCAGAUCGAGCGAGAAAAGACACAGGCCUCAGAUGCGUUCGACGACGAGUUCUCCGAGGCAGAAGGGAAGAAGAUCCUGCGGCGGAUCGACCGCCGGCUGGUCGUCCUCGUCGGCUUCAUGUACUGCAUCAGUCUGAUGGACCGCACCAACAUAUCCGCCGCAGCUGUCGCGGGCAUGAAUGAGGAGCUCCAUCUGACGGGUAAUCGUUACUCAAUCAUCACGCUGGUCUUCUUCAUCACGUACAUCAUCUUCCAGCCGCCCUCGACGGUGAUCAUCCGCAAGAUCGGCCCACGCAUCUUCCUGUCCACCAUCACCCUCUGCUGGGGCGUCGUCAUGAUCGGCUUCGGCUUCACCCCGUCCUUCCAGGUCCUUACCGGCCUGCGCCUCCUCCUUGGCGUCUUUGAGGCUGGCUUUUUCCCCGGCUGCGUGUAUUUGCUGUCGACUUGGUUUACGCGAUAUGAGGUCGGUCGGAGGUACUCGCUGUUCUACCUCCUGGGCUGUGUUGCCUCUGCCUGCGCCGGUAUUCUUGCCUUCGGUCUGAUGCAAAUGGACGGCAUCCAGGGGCUGAGCGGAUGGAGGUGGAUCUUCAUCAUCUGCGGCGUGAUAACUUGUGUCCUCGCCAUGCUAGGCUACUGGCUCCUAGUCGACUUCCCGGACUCGGACCGAAAGUCGUGGCGCUUCCUGAGCGACCGGGAGCGCGCGUGGAUCGUGAGAAGAGUCAACGCCGACCGCGGCGAUGUCGUGGUGCCUAAGUUCAAGAUCAGCCGGUUCCUGAGGGGCGGUAUGGACUGGAGAGUCUGGUCGUACGGCAUGAUCUCCUUCUGCUCCAACACCCUGACCUACUCCCUGGCGUACUUCCUACCCCUCAUCCUGUACACGAACCUGGGGUUCACGCGCGGGCAGUCGCAGUGCCUGAUCGCGCCGCCCUACGCCUUCGCGGGCGUGUACAUGUACCUGAUGGGCUGGCUCGGCGACAAGUACCACGUGCGGGGUCCCAUCCUGGUCACCAACAUGGUCGUGGCGCUCAUCGGCAUCCCCAUCCUCGGCUGGCACCCCGACAACGGCGUGCGCUACUUCGGCGCGUUUCUGGUCACCGCGGGCGCCACCACCAACAUCCCGGCGUCCCUGGCGUACCAGGCGAACAAUAUCCGUGGGCAGUGGAAGCGUGCGUUUGCGAGUGCGGCGUGGGUUAGCAUGGCGAGUAUUGGUGGUAUUGCGGGGAGUCUGGUCUUCAGGUCCCAAGACGCGGCCACGGGCUACAAGCCCGGCUUGUACACGUGCAUCGUUGCCUGCAUCUGCGUCAUCAUCAUCGUGUGCAUCCUGGACAUAUCCUUCUACUUCGACAACAAGAAGGCGGACCGCGGGGAGAAGCAGCUGGAGACGCAAGACGAGGAAUUCCAACCGAACUUCCGGUACACAUAUUAAGUAAGAGUGACAGGCACCCCAAGUAGAUAGAUAGGUAACUAGGGGAGAGAGAAAGUCGUUUUGGAAAAAGAUCGACGUAUGUUUACAAACAACAAAUGAGAUGUGAUUUAUAAUGCACACAAAUAGAGGCCAUACAUGGAUCACAAAUCACAAAUACUUAUGUACCUACCUAGUUACAUCACACCACAGUCCUUAAUCAAGCUUGACUUGAAGAAGAAGAAGAAGAAGAAGUAGCAGUGCAAACUGCUUGUUUGGAUAGACGGGGCUUCGUCAUCAUCAUCAUCAUCAUCAUGUACAUACCUAUAUACCUAUUGUCAC